CCACAGGCCACAAUUUUCCCACGGAAACUUGGAUAUCGGUGGUUCUUUCUCUUUUCUGAAAAUCUUCGACCUCCUACUAACCACCAGGACCUCGACCAAGCCGCCAAGAUGGGUGCCCUCAAGUACGUCGAAGAGCUUCAGAAGAAGAAGCAGUCGGAUGUCGUUGCCUUCCUCCUCCGAGUUCGCUGCUGGGAACUCCGUCAAUUGAACGUCAUCCACCGCGCCUCUCGCCCAUCCCGUCUGGACAAGGCUCGCCGUCUCGGAUACAAGGCCAAGCAGGGCUAUGUUAUCUACCGUGUCCGUGUCCGCCGUGGUGGCCGCAAGCGCCCUGCUCCUAAGGGUGCCACCUAUGGCAAGCCCACCAACCAGGGUAUCAACCAGCUGAAGUACCAGCGAUCCCUCAAGGCUACCGCCGAGGAGCGUGUUGGCCGCCGCUGCGCUAACCUCCGAGUCCUCAACUCCUACUGGAUCAACCAGGACUCUACCUACAAGUACUACGAGGUCAUCCUCGUCGACCCCCAGCACAAGGCCAUCCGCAUCGACCCCCGCAUCAACUGGAUCGUCAACCCCGUCCACAAGCACCGCGAGGCUCGUGGUCUCACCGCCACCGGAAAGAAGUCCCGUGGUCUCAACAAGGGCCACCGCUACAACAAGACCCAGGCUGGCCGCAGAAAGACCUGGAAGCGCCACAACACCCUGUCCCUGUGGCGAUACCGAUAAACAGCUCGCCCCAUGCUUCGGGAGGAGCUGGCUUUGUUAUUCGCAACGCGGCUGUUCGGUUGUACAUGCGAUUUGGGAGGGUCUGGUUUUGGCACUGCAUACUUGGACUCUGGGGAGUCGGGAACCUUAUUUGGUAGCACAAAAAAUGGAAUCAAAAGCAAUUCCAAUUUCAUGAUCAAGAUUAAGAAUAUGGUUUCCCGAAAUUUUGCCUACCGAUUUGUGAUUGGUCAUGUGCCGUGAUUUGUGAGAUGUUUUGAAGCAAACAAUGCGUUUAUAUAACGUUGACUGGAUUGUUUCUAACAGUAUUGAAUUUGCCUGGACUGUUUUGGUAACAAGAAUCUGAACCUAUGACUGCCCUUGAUGUGUUGAAAAUUAUGUUUGCACUGGUGGAGUUGUCUGAACCCACUUUGGCAAUGUCUUGGUGUUUGAGCAUGAGAAUUAUUUCCCAAGCCUAGUGCUAUAGUGUCUGCUGAAUUAAAUUCAAGACCAGUAUCCG